CCCAUGUGCUUUGUUGUGUUUUCUGUGCCCGCAAAAUUUAAUUUGAGAAACGGUAAUAGAUUAGUGAAAUAGUAGAACAAUUUAACAAAUUAAGGCUCGAAAAUGGUAAAACAAAAGCGUAAAAUCGCCCCUCAACCCGCUGCCACAAACGGAAACGACUCGGAUGGAUCCGAUUACGAAGUGGAGUGGCAAGUAAAGCCCACACCGGCGAAACUCAGCAAAGCCGAACAGUUCCCGUUGCCGGCCUCCGUGGAGAAGAAACUGAAGAAACCGCCGGGAAAGCGAAACCAACAAGAUUCCUCCUCGGAGGACGAAAGUGACGAUGACGGCGGAGAAGUGGAUGCGAACGGAUUGCCCACGCUAACCACCGGACAAAUCGGGGCCAUUCUAGAGACGGUGAAAAACAACAAGCGGUUCGUGCUGAUGGUGAAAAACCUUAACUUUACCACGGCAAAGGAAGAAAUACAUUCACAUUUCUCGCAAGCCGGUACCGUGAAAGGUGUCCGGAUCCCAAAGUUCCGCUCGUCAGGCUUUGCCUUUGUCGAGAUGGCCGACCCGGGUGGUUUUCAGAAAGCGUUCCUGCUCGAUAAAUCGGUGCUAGAUGGAAGGAAAAUCAGCGUGAACCUGUCGGAGAGUGGCAACAAAAAAUCCGCAUCCCGCAUCCAGCUGCUGGAGAAGAAAAACGCCGAGAUCCGGAAGCUGCGAAAGAAGAACAAAAAGAGUGCCAAGGCGACCGCAAUUUCGCUUACACCGGACACGGUUAGCUUGCCGGCUCGGCCCGAACCACCGAAAGAUAAAUAUCUUGACAAACCGAAACAGAAGUGGCUCACGAAGAAGGAGGUGAAAGUGUUGAAGAAAAAAACGUCGCUGAAAGCGAAAUUUAAAAACCUUUCACAAAAAGGCAUUAAAGCGUAGAUUCGAGCAAAUAAAUUACCGACUUUACACUGUA